UUCCAAUAUAAAUUGGACUGGCAGCGCUCAAGGUUUUCAUCUCGAGCCAAGCUUCUGAGCCAGCAGUACAGGGGCUGGACGGACUUGAAAGGCAUUUUUCUCCAGUUCCAUUUCAAGAUUCGACAUGGCCGACUUAAAGUACUCGCGGCUCGUCCAGUUCGGCCUCGUGGAGAAUUGCUCAUCUGAAGGACGUGGAAUGCACACGGUUGCGGCGGAUUUGGAUGGUACACUGCUCAGACGCAGAAGCUCGUUUCCAUACUUCCUGCUGGUGGCUCUUGAAGGAGGUAGCCUCUUCAGAGCAGUUGUUCUCGGACUUUUGGCCCCUAUCGCCUGGCUGCUUUACCACUUCGUCUCGGAGGCAGCAGCAAUUCAACUUCUCAUCUAUGUCUCUUUUUCGGGGCAGAAGGUGUCCGAGAUUGAGAAGGUGGCAACGGCGGUUCUGCCGAAGUUUUACUCCCAGGACGUCCACAGUGAUGCUUUCAGAGUUUUCUCGUCCUGCGGGAAGAAGUAUGUCAUCACUGCCAAUCCUCGGAUCAUGGUGGAGUAUUUCUGCAAGGCCUUCCUUGGCGCGGAUAAAGUUAUUGGGACUGAAAUCGAAGUGGACGAUGAUGGACGUGCUACAGGCUUCGUCAAGUUCCCAGGUGUGCUCGUGAGUCAAAACAAGAGGACCGCCUUGAAGCUCGAGUUCGUGGACGGGGAGCUUCCCGAGAUCGGACUCGGCGAUCGAGAAACCGACUUCGCCUUCAUGUCGCUUUGCAAGGAAGCUUACGUUGUUCCCAAGAGGAAGGUUGACGCAGUGGACGGCAGCGCUCUGGCGCAGCGCGUGAUCUUCCAUGAUGGUAGGCUGGUCCAGCUCCCAACGCCGUUCGUGGCGCUCGUCACUUUCCUCUGGCUCCCUAUCGGCUUCGCGCUCGCAGUGCUCCGGAUCGGCCUCACCUCCCGUUGCCCCCGAAAGUACAUGGGAAUGAUCUACGCCAUCCUCGGCGUCCGCCGCAUCACCAAAGGCAAAGUUCCUCGCAAACAAGACGGCAGGGGGCUCCUCUUCGUGUGCAACCACAGGACUCUGGUGGAUCCCAUCUUCCUGGGAUUGGCCGCCGAGAGGGACGUGACCGGGCUCACUUACAGCAUCAGCCGGGUGUCCGAGGUGCUAUCGCCCAUCGUCACGGUCCGGCUGACGAGAGACAAGGAGCGCGACUUUACGAAGAUGAAGUCGCUGCUGGAGAGGGGGAGGGACCUGUGCCUGUGUCCGGAGGGGACGACUUGCCGUGAGCCGUUCUUGCUGCGAUUCAGCGCUCUCUUCACCCAGCUCACGCACAGGAUCGUCCCGGCGGCCGUGAAGACGAGGCAGAGCAUGUUUAACGGGACGGCGGUGCGGGGGUGGAAGGGGAUGGAUCCAUUCUUCUUCUUCAUGAAUCCAUUCCCGACGUACGAGGUGGAGUUUUUGGAGGAGCUCCCCGCGGAGAUGAGCGUCCAAAAGGGCGGCAAGAGCUCGUUCGAGACGGCCAAUUUCAUCCAGAAGAUGCUGGGCGACAAGCUGGGAUACGAGUGCACGACCUUCACCCGCAAGGACAAGUACCUGAUGCUCAAUGGCAGCGAUGGAACAGUCCCCACGAAAUAGGAAGGGGUUGGAAAAGAAAACAAGAUGGAACCGUUGGCUGGUGUUGACUUGAAUUGACUAGAGUUGACGGUUGAAUACUUUUUUUUUAGUGUUGGCUGGCUAUCUAGCUUGCACUAGUAAAUGCUAAAGGUUAUAGGCAGGCGAUUUUAAUCCUUCCACAUGGCUGGGACAGGAAAUAUUGACUUCGUUCAAUUAAAGGGGGAAAGGUUUUAGGGCA